UCUGUCUGCCUUUCUCUCAUUGGCGCAAAUGCGUCUGACGUCGCAGCAACGAAACAAUAUAACAAAGAAAAUGUUAAAUUUUCAAAUGUUUACGUGAAGAAGCGAACAAACAAGGAAUGUAAAAAUAAUUCGCACUGAAAAAUCGAAAAAAAACCACUUGUAAAUUGUUAAUGGUUGUGCCAUUAAUUGCGGCAAGACUUACACAAAAAAAAAAAGAAACAAAAAAAAAGGCAAAAAGUCGACACAGUGCGCUGAUUGUUGUUCAGUCAAAUUAAAAGUGCGACAAAUUCUCGCGUUCAGUUGCAUUUUCAUUUUCAUUUGCAGUUUUGUAUUUGUUUAUUUCGGUCGCCUGACAAUCUCCAAAUCGCCUUAAAAAAAAAAUAAAAAAACAAAAUAACAACGUACACAACAACGGGGCAUUUAAUUAAAUAAAUCGCAAACAUCAGUCAACGGCCUGUUAUUUCCAGCCGCCAAAUCGGACAUUAUAUCGGACAUUCUAUAUACUAUAUAGCACAUUUCGAGAGAUCCAAUCUGGCGAGAGAAAACCCAGAACAGGAAACAAUUGAAAUCAUCUGAGAAAACGGUAUUUAUGAUGGGAAACGUGGCCAAAAGCAAUAUAACAUGGACUUGAAAAUGGAGCUGGGCGGCUACGUGCACUCCGCACCCAACACCAAGCGCUUCGUUGUGGAGGACUCGAUUACCAAGGUGACCUCUGAUGGGGAGCCGCACGGCAUGAUGACCAUGGUGGCCGGAUUAUCCGGCCUUUUGGCGGCCAUCAUCAUUUUGGCCGUCCUCGUGUCCAUGGUAUCUUGUCGCAAGCAGAAGAGCACCAACCGGAAGAGCAAUUCCUCCGCCAAUGUGGUGGCCAUGACCAGUGUGGCGCAGGAUCAGCCCCAGUUGGCCGGUAACUUGAACGCAGCGUUCGCUGAGAGCACUCUGACCUUGGACAAGGUCAAGCAGGACACAGAGGAUCAAUGGCGACCCACAGCCGUGGUGGUGGAGCGGUACUAGUGGAAGCAGGAAGCACCAAGCACCACCGUCAACCAGCGGCACAUGGGCACGUGAUGUUUAUUGUAAACGUUUGAGACUGACACUUAGAAUAAGGAUUUCCAUCACCAUCUUAUAAUUAAUCUAUAUAACAUAUGACACCUUAUUUUUUUUUUUUUGCUUGUUAAAAUAUUAUACUGCUAUACUAUGAAAUAUGUGAAAAUAUAUAUUUGUUAGAAUUAAAGGG